GUUCAAUUUCCAUUCAAGGAGGUUGGGGAGCUGACUCUAGGCGUCAUCAAAGUUUUGUUUUCUUUGAAAUGCAGUACAUAAGUAGAGUUGAGUGUGUAAAAUCAGCAAAGCAAGUAAAAAGCACUUUCAUUAAUUCCUUCUACAACCUGAAAAAACCACAAGCUGUAGCUUCUGAGGUGUCCACUGCUGAAAUGAAGGCUUCAUCAAGCUCUUCAAUUAAUUUUGAUGAAAAGAUGUUGGCUAAUUAUGUGCCGAUUUAUGUAAUGCUUCCAUUGGGAGUUAUUACAAAUGAUAAUGUUUUAGAAGACAAAAAUGGGCUUGAGAAUCAGCUUAAGAAGCUAAAAGCUGCUGGUGUUGAUGGGGUGAUGUCAGAUGUGUGGUGGGGGAUAGUGGAAUCCAAGGGCCCUAAGCAGUAUGAUUGGAGUGCUUACAGAAGCUUGUUUGAACUUGUACAACAAUGUGAAUUGAAGUUACAAGCUAUAAUGUCAUUCCACCAAUGCGGUGGAAAUGUAGGAGAUAUUGUUAACAUCCCACUUCCCCAUUGGGUGCUUGAACUUGGGGAAACAAACCCUGAUAUCUUUUACACUAAUCGAACAGGUAACAGGAACAAGGAAUAUCUAACAAUUGGUGUGGAUAACCAGCCUCUCUUUGAUGGACGAACUGCCAUUGAGAUUUACAGUGACUACAUGAAGAGCUUCAGGGAGAACAUGUCUGAUUUUCUUGAAUCAGGGCUAAUAAUAGACAUUGAAGUAGGACUUGGACCUGCAGGUGAGCUGAGAUACCCCGCUUAUCCACAAAAUCAAGGAUGGGUUUUUCCUGGGAUAGGUGAAUUUCAGUGCUAUGACAAAUAUCUGAAAGCAAAUUUCCAAGAGGCGGCAACAAAUGCAGGUCACCCAGAAUGGGAAUUACCGGAUAAUGCAGGACAAUACAAUAGUACACCAGAAUCAACAGAGUUCUUUGGGUCAAAUGGGACAUACCAAACUGAAGAAGGGAAGUUCUUCCUGACUUGGUAUUCCAACAAUUUAGUCAGCCAUGGUGAUGACAUCCUUGAUGAAGCCAACAAAAUUUUCUUAGGCUGUAAAGUCAAGCUAGCAGCUAAAUUAUCUGGAAUUCAUUGGUGGUAUAAAGCGGAUAGCCAUGCAGCAGAGCUUACUUCAGGAUAUUACAACUUGAAAGAUGGAGAUGGGUACCGACCAAUUGCAAGGAUGCUCUCAAGGCAUUAUGCCAUUUUGAAUUUCACUUGUCUUGAAAUGAGAGACUCUGAACAACCAGCUUCUGCCAAGAGUGGACCUCAGCAACUUGUUCAGCAGGUUUUAAGUGGAGAGUGGAGGGAGAAUAUUGAAGUUGCAGGUGAGAAUGCACUAUCUAGAUUUGAUCGUGCAGGUUAUAAUCAAAUCCUUUUGAAUGCUAGGCCUAAUGGUGUCAACCGAGAGGGCUUGCCAAAACUUAGGAUGUUUGGUGUGACUUACCUUCGAUUAUCGGAUGAACUAUUAGAAAAAAAAAAUUUCAAUAUAUUUAAGACAUUUGUGAAGAAAAUGCAUGCGGAUCAAAAUUACUGUCCAGACCCACUAAAAUACAAUCACGAAAUAGUUCCACUUGAACGGUCGAAGCCAAAGUUUACUGUUGAACAACUUCUGGAAGCAACCAAGAAAAUGGAGCCAUUCCCAUGGGAUAAAGAAACAGACAUGAGUGUUGGAGGAAUACUUGCUUGUUUGAUAGAUAAGAUUACCUCUGUUUUCAGAUAAUUUCUCAUGAAUUUCUUGGUUCUUUCCGUUUGCAUGACUGUAGAAUAAUUGGACUGAAUAUUUCAUUUUCUUUCUGUUUAUUAUCAGACUUUAUUAUAUUUCCUAAA